AAAGUUGAAACAUGUGUCAAAAUCUGAACCAAGAGAUUAAACCAAUGGUGGAUAUUGAACAAAGUCACAUAACUUUUCCCACCCUAAAAGUUAUUGAAUCCGGAUCCCUAUAUUUUAUCCAAACCUCUUCAUUUCUUCACACACUCCACUCUUUGUGCUAACACAAACUCAUGAACUCGUGUCAAAUUCCAUUGUUGUCUUCAUGUUAAUGGAGUUUAUUGCUGAAGUUGGUUUUUUGCACCACCCUCAUCACCUUUUCACACCCUUCUCUAAUCCUUACACACUUUCACCAAAGAGGCAUAUAUUCCAUCAUGCACCACUACAUGGAGAAUAUAGAUUCAUGUGCUGUCUGAAGAACCAUAAAUCAGUUAGAAGAUUAGCUUCAUUCACAACAACGCAGAAAGGAAAUUCAACCACCAGUGUUGAUGAUCUAUGCAAGAUUAUUUGGACUGUAGAAGCUGAUUUAGAAGAUGGUCAUCUCCUGUACAUAACUGGGGACCCUGCUGUGUUAGGCUGCUGGAAACCCAACAUGGCUGUACUAAUGUCUCCUACGGAGCACACUAAUAUUUGGAAAGCUGAAUCUCAGAUUGCUUUUGGCUUGAACUUUAAAUAUAACUAUUUCAUUAAGGAAAAAUCAAGGUCCUCAAGUGACAUUAUUUGGAAGCCUGGACCAGCAUUUUCUCUUUCAGUACCUCUCACAGCUCUAGCAGAUAAUGAAAUUGUGGUGAGGGAUUUAUGGAUUAGGUCCAAUUUCCAUAUUUCUUCAGCUCAUGCAUGGAACCCCUGCACUGAGGAAACGUAUCUUCUAAAGCAGCCCUCUAUUUUUUUUCCAGUCAAAGUGGUUUGACAGAUGAACGAAGGAAUAUGAGUCUCCUUGAAAAUGAUUUCCUGAAGACCGAGACACUCAUUUUGGAAGAUCAAUUAUUUUUUGACAGUGAGGACAUGGCGAUUUUGAGUAAUAAGGAUUCACAUCCUAUUAACGUUCUUUCUGAGAAUUACCAGCCUGUUGAGGAACCCUGGUUACUGCAUUCACUGCGUUCAGUUAUCUCCGAGGAUAAAACAGAAUCAAAUGAAUCUAAAACUAAUGACAUUGUGAAAGAACAGGUGAAGUUGGUAGAUUCAGAAGAGUUGUUACCUGAAGAGAGCAGUAAUGCAAUUUUAAAAGACCCCGUUUCCACCAUUAUACUUAUAAACUCAUCCAUGAAGUCGGUAGAUUCAGAAGAGUUGUUACCUGAAGAGAGCAGUAAUACAAUUUUAAAAGACCCUGUUUCCACCAUUAUACUUAUAAACUCAUCCAUAUGUACCAUGCAAAGAAUUGCAGUUCUGGAGGAUGAAAAACUGGUUGAAUUAUUAUUGGAACCAGUGAAGACUAAUGUGCAAAGCGAUAGUGUAUAUGUGGGGGAAAUCACAAAGCUUGUUCCUUCUAUGGGAGGAGCUCUUGUUGAUAUUGGCAAUUCUAGACCCUCUCUUAUGGACAUUAAGCCAUACAAGGAACCAUUUAUAUUCCCUCCAUUUCGUCGAAGGACAAAGAAACAAGAAAUUGUUCUUAAGGGAAAAAAUGAUCACAUGUCUCGUGCUACUGACAUUCCUGGUGGAAUACGUGACAUACAUUCUGAGGAUGAUUGUUUGAAAUCUGUACACAAUGACUAUGAUGAACAUGAAACAGAUGAUGAUUUUUGUCUUUCAGAAGUUCUUAAGGAAAAUGUGAAUGGUAGUGUGGUUGAUGAUGAAGUAGAAGCUGACUUUGAGGAUGAUGUUGAGGGAGCUGAUGUUCAUACAGAAGGAAAAAUGAAUAACGGUUCUCUUUCUUUAGGCAUGAAUGGGUCUAUCAAUUUUCAUAUUCUGCCAACAAAAGAUACAAAGAGAGAAAUGGGAGAAAAUAAAUGGAUCCAAGUUCGUAGCGGAACCAAAAUAGUUGUCCAAGUUGUUAAAGAGGGUCUUGGUACGAAGGGUCCCACUCUGACUGCUUUUCCUAUACUAAGAAGUAGAUUCUGGGUUUUGACUACACGUUGUGAUAAAAUUGGAGUCUCCAAAAAGAUUUCUGGUGCCGAGCGCACAAGGUUGAAAGUUAUAGCAAAGACAUUGCAGCCAGAGGGUUUUGGCCUCACCGUAAGAACUGUUGCUGCUGGUCAUUCUUUUGAGGAACUGCAGAAAGACUUGGAAGGUUUGCUUUCGACUUGGAAAAACAUUAUGGAAAAUGCAAAGUCUUCUGCUCUUGCUGCUGAUGAAAGGGUGGAAGGAGCUGUUCCUGCUAUUUUGCACAGGGCAAUGGGUCAAACUCUCUCAGUGGUCCAAGAUUAUUUCAAUGAAAAUGUUAAGAAAAUGGUGGUCGACUCCCCAAGGACAUUUCAUGAGGUGACGAAUUACCUUCAGGACAUUGCCCCUGAUCUUUGUGAUCGAGUUGAACUAUAUAAUAAGAAGGUUCCCCUUUUCGAUGAAUACAACAUUGAAGGAGAGCUUGACAAUAUCCUCAGCAAAAGGGUUCCACUUGCUAAUGGAGGUUCUCUAAUCAUCGAGCAAACUGAGGCGUUAGUUUCUAUUGAUGUAAAUGGAGGACAUGGGAUGCUUGAUCAUGAUACUUCCAAGGAGAAAGCUAUUCUAGAUGUCAAUCUUGCAGCUGCAAAACAGAUUGCAAGGGAGUUGCGACUACGAGAUAUUGGUGGCAUCAUUGUGGUAGAUUUCAUUGAUAUGACAGACGAAGCAAAUAAAAGAUUGGUCUAUGAAGAAGUCAAGAAAGCCAUUGAGAGAGACAGAUCUGUGGUGAAGGUCUCUGAAUUGUCAAGACAUGGACUCAUGGAAAUAACACGAAAGAGGGUUCGACCAAGUGUGACAUUCAUGGUUAGUGAACCAUGUGACUGUUGCCAUGCCACAGGCAGGGUUGAAGCUUUAGAGACUUCCUUCUUCAAAAUUGAACAGCAAAUUUGUCGUAUUCUUGCAACAAUGAACCAUAAGGGAGAACCUCAAAAGCCUAAGUCCUGGCCAAAAUUUAUUCUGAGGGUUGACCAUCAUAUGUGCACGUACUUGACUUCAGGGAAAAAGACAAAACUUGGAAUAUUGAGCAGUUCUCUCAAAGUCUGGAUUCUCUUAAAGGUUUCCAGAGGGUUCACCAGAGGAACUUUUGAGAUCAAACCAUAUACUGAUGACAAAGUCGGUAGAAACCAGCAUCAAGUUGCCGUUUCGAAGGCCAAACCAAAAUCUACUUUUGUUCGAGUGAUAAAAUCAAAAGCUGGGUGAAAUAGAGGAUUUUGUUCCAUUUUUCUUACCUGAAUUUUGUAUAUGCCAUACAUGGCUUAGAAGAGAGAAAUAGUAGAGUCCAGGGUGGAAGUUGGAAGAGCAAAAAUAAUCUGGUUUCACUUUUGAGAGUCAGAGUUAGAAAUCGGCUGUUAUAGGCGGAUUAAUACCGAUACCACCCAAACCUCAUAAAAGGAGCAUUUUGUUGUGAAGAACUAAACUUUCUACAAAGUGAUUAGCAAUCACAGCUUCAAAAUUAAUAAUACAAAAAAACAAUGGCAAUGAAAGGAUGAAAAAGUGAGAGUGGUGUGCUCUAGCAGUCAUUAGGUAUUGGCCAGAGUAAGCAUUUUUUACAUCAAGAAUCUAAAACAAUGAUGGAAGGAUUGUUUUCCUGUCUGAGGGAAAAAUGAUACUUUUUAGAGUAACAUUGCAAUCAUCAUAAAGAACAAUAGCAUGAGGAGAACCAACCUUAGGCUGCCAAUCCAUUGGCUUUGACAUUUUUAUAAUUUAUGAAUUUGUUUAAGUAGUGCUACUCUAUGAAAGUUAAUUACAUAUUACUUGUGUUAAUACUAUUUAUUUAUGAAUUCAAAUAUUUUAUUGGUUACUUGUA